AUGCCUUACUCUUUGAAGGGUCGGAAUGUCCUGAUUACUGGUGGAUCGCGAGGUCUUGGUGCUGUAAUCGCUCAGAGGUUCGCUGCAGAAGGAAGCAAUGUCGCUAUCAACUAUGCAUCAAGCAAGGAGACCGCCGAUAAAGUUGCCUCGGAACUGGCAGCCCAAUAUAACGUGAAGACGAUUACUGUCCAGGGUGAUGCAGGAAGCCAGAGCGAUUGUACCAAUGUCGUGAAAACCACCAUCGAGCAGCUAGGAGGUAUCGAUGUUGUCAUUUCAAACGCCGGCUGGACGAAGAUGACCAAAUUCAGCGACCUGGAUGCAAUGGACGACGCGGAUUGGGAUAAGUGCUGGUCAAUUAAUGUCAAGAGCAACUUCCACCUUUUCAAGGCUGCUUUGCCCACUUUCAAUGCCAAUCCUGAUGGUGGUGUCUUUAUUCUGACUUCCUCAACUGCGGGUGUUACCCCCAGCGGUAGCAGUAUACCGUACGCAGUGACCAAGUCAGCAUCAAUUCAUCUCAUGAAGUGCCUGGCGCAAUCACAGGGUCCGAAGGUCCGGGUAAAUGCCGUGUGCCCCGGCCUUCUCCUUACUGAAUGGGGCAAACGCUUUUCUCCCGAGCAGAUUAAGGGCUGGGAGGACAGGACGGCGCUUGGGCAUACGCCUGAGGUCGAGGACACCGCAGAUGCAUAUCUCUCCAUUGCGAGGAACUCUUCUAUGACGGGCCAAGCCGUCCAAGUCGAUUCUGGAUUCCGUUAA